GAACAAGUUACUGAAGAGGCUUCAAGUUUGCUGAUUUCUUGUCUAUCAUAAGAAGUUUAUAGUGACGCCAUAGCGUUAGAUAGCAAAUGCAAAAAUAGUGUGGGGGAAACCAAUGACUUGGUUGAGGCAGCUAUGAUUUUCGAUAAGAAAUGCAUAGUUACAAUGAUCACCGUCGGGAGUGUACUGGUCCUAGCCGCCUCCGUGGCUCUUGUGUUCGGUUUGAAUAUAACAUCGAGGGCGCCCCGUCAAUUCACCAUUGACUACAAUGCGAACACUUUCCUCAUGGAUGGCGUCCCAUUUCGCUACGUAUCAGGAUCAUUCCAUUAUUUCCGGGCCCUCCCUGAAACUUGGCGUACAAAGCUGCGAACAAUGCGGGCAGCUGGAUUGAAUGCGGUUGAUACAUAUGUCGAAUGGUCACUCCAUAAUCCUAAGGACGGCGAAUACACUUUCGAAGGCAUCGCUGAUGUUGAAAACUUUAUCAAAAUAGCGCAGGAGGAAGACUUGUAUGUUAUAUUAAGGCCUGGACCAUAUAUUUGUGCUGAACGGGACAAUGGUGGUCUCCCAUAUUGGCUCUUCAAGAAGUACCCUAACAUAAAAGUGAGAACUAACGAUGAAGACUACAAGAAAGAGGUUUCCAUUUGGUUCUCCAAAUUAAUGCCGAAACUUCAAAAAUAUUUCUACGGAAACGGAGGACCUAUAAUAAUGGUCCAAGUGGAAAAUGAGUAUGGCAUCUUCCAUUCAUGUGAUAAGAACUACUUAAACUGGCUCCGGGAUGAGUUUCAAAUUUAUGUCCAGGAGAAAGCUCUUCUAUUUACCACUGACAUACCAGACGAGAGAAUAUCCUGCGGAAAAAUUGAAGGAGUUUUUGCCACCACGGAUUUCGGGAUUGAUAGAGCGCAUGAAAUGGAUAAAAUUUGGGAAACUCUCCGGACGGUCCAACCAAAUGGUCCACUGGUAAAUUCGGAAUUCUAUCCAGGUUGGCUAACCCAUUGGCAAGAAGAAAACCAGAGGAGGAAUGCAGAUGAAGUGGCGGACACGUUGAAAUCCAUGCUUGAAAUCGGAGCCAGCGUUAAUUUUUAUAUGUUCUUCGGAGGAACUAACUUCGGUUUCACUGCAGGAGCCAACGACUGGGGAUACGGGAAGUACAUGGCCGACAUAACAUCCUACGACUACGACGCACCUAUGGAUGAGGCUGGCGAUCCAACCCUAAAAUUUGUGAAAAUUCGCAACGUAAUCGAUCAAUUUUUCAGUUUACCAGCAGUAUCUGUGCCCGAUCCUGCUCCAAAAAUGUCCUUAACUGCAGUCGAUUUGAAACCUAUCGAUCUCCUUCUUUCCGAAUCUGGAAGACGAAAUUUAGUCACUAAGUCCCAAAAAGCAAGACAACCCGCUAGUUUCGAAGAGCUUGAUCAAUUUUCAGGACUAGUUAUCUACGAGGCUCAACUUCCUUCACUUGAAAUAGAUCCUUCUCUCCUCACAGUAAACGAACUCGCUGAUCGCGCUGUUGUACUGAUUGAUCAAAUUUUCAUCGGUGUCCUAUCUCGCGAAAAUGGUAUCACAGCUUUGCCUAUAAGUGCUGGAUUCGGAAAGAUACUUCAAAUUAUCGUUGAAAAUCAAGGCAGGAUCAACUUCAAUAAGGCCAAUGAUACCAAAGGAAUUCUCGGUAAAGUGGAGGUGCAAAAGUUCGAUGGGACCAAAUUGGAAAUUGUAAACUGGACUUCAUCAUCAGUCCCACUUGAGGCUCAACAAAUUUCAAAAUUAGUUGAUGAACGCAAACAGGAGAAAGUCAAAAUUGAUUCUACAGGAUUAUUGUUGCAAGGACCUGCCAUAUUUUAUGCUGAAUUUACUAUUAUCCGUGAUGAUAUUCAAGAUACCUAUUUGGAUCCGAGUGGUUGGGGGAAAGGAGUCGUUUUCAUUAAUGGAUUUAAUCUAGGUCGGUAUUGGCCUCUUGUUGGACCACAGAUUACAGUUUAUGUACCGAAGGACCUGCUAAAGAAAGGCGUAAAUCGAAUAGUUAUUGUGGAAUAUCAGAAAGCUCCAACUGAUGGAAGAGUCAGUUUUACUUCCACGGCGAGAUUGGAUGGUAUCUCCACUAGAGACAAAACUGAGUUGUAGGAAAUUCAUGUUCACUGUUUUAGCUUUAUAGCCUACAAAGUAUUUUGAAGUAAAAUGUUGGUUUAUUAUUAAAGUUACAUA